AUGGAAAUGGCCCCAGAUACAGAAGUUCAUGAAAUAUUGGAAUGUAUUUAAUAAUAUUUUGAUUCUGAUACAAAAAAUUGGACAUGCUAUUCUAAACUAUAAAAAAAAUUCUUAAACCAUAAUAGUCUCGUUGGAGAUGCCACAAAUGAUAAUCUUACCAUCAAUACUUCACCUCAAUCAUACUCAUAAUAUCAAAGUAAUUUUCCUUAAUCUAAAUAACUGUAAUACGAAAGCAUUUUUGUACCAUAGGAUUUAAUGACCAUCCAUUUUGAUAUAAUGGACGGGAUGAUUUAAAGAAAUUACUCAAGAGCCUUUAAAUCAUCUGCUACUCUAUAAGAUUUAAGUGACGCUGUGCUUGACUAUUUAGGUUUAGGAUAAUAAUAUAAUGUUCGAUGUGUUUUUUCUUUCCGUUAAUGCGUGCUUAGAUAAGGCAAAAAACUAUUAAGCUUGAAGUAGCUUUAUAUUCGAUGUAAUACUACAUUAUAAGUGCGUGUGAGUUGGGGUGAGUAUAUCUGA